AUCAUCACUUCAACCAAACUUGGCUUUACUUUACUUGGACUUUAGUCAUUUGUACUUUUGUCAUGGAGUAAUUGAGAUUUAUUUCUGGAAAAAUGCCCAUCAAAAAUUUCUCAAUUGAAUAUGACUCAAUCAACAGCCAAAACAUCUUCACAAACGGAGAUACAAUCACGGGAAGAAUCAUCGUGGAGGCGUCGAAAAAAACUUUCAUCGAAUCACUAACCUUCAUUGGAAAAGGAAGUGCAAAGGUUUCCUGGUAUGAAAAUUACGGGCAAUAUGAUCAUCGUUUCUACUGGUCCGAUGAGGAAUAUUAUGAGAUCAAGCAAUGUAUUUUGAGACCUGGUAAAGAAUCAGUCGGCAAAGGAAGACAUGUGUUCCCCUUUUCCUUCGUGGUCCCUAACAGGAAAAUGCCAUCGUCGUUCAAGUCAUCGAUUGGUAAAAUUAUUCAUAAGCUUAAAGCAGAGCUUAGACAAUCGAUGAGGCUGACAAAAACCGCAAAAGUCCACUUCACAUUUGUCUCCAAAGCCGACAUGGAUACACCUGGACUUAUGGAACCUCAGCAUGAUUGCACCAAUAAAAAACUUGUCUUCGGUUCUGGAAGUAUUGCGAUGGAUGUUUACACAAAAAGGAUGGGAUACCAACAAGGUGAAGCGCUCCAAAUCAAAGUGGCAAUUAAUAACCAGUCAUCCCGUACCUUGAAGCCCAAAUUUGUAUUGUACGAAAAGCGGAGUCACUUUGCUCAAGGUCACAGGAACCUUUGCACGCAGAAUAUCCUCAAGGAGAAACUUGAUAUUAUUGAGGCCCGUAGCAAAGAGACAGCGGAGAAGGUGAUGACGAUCCCCAGGAAUCUGCCUCCCUCCAUUCUGAACUCCGCCAUCAUCAAGCUGGAAUACAAGCUGAAGAUCUUUCUGGAUGUCAAAUAUGCAAUAGACCCGAAAAUCAAACUUCCGAUCGUUGUCCUACCUGCCUUUGAGGUUCCUGCAGGAAACCAACCUCCAGGUCUGGCUGCUUAUGGAUUUGAGGACUUUGGGAACAAAAAGCAACAGAGCUGGAGCGAAGCAACCCAACCUUCGGAUCUCCCUCCACCGUAUGGAGCGCAUACGCAGUAUCCCACCUUGAGUAAUUCUGACACAUAUAGUCAUUUAUGAUAAAUCCCUGAAAGGAAUUGUACGGUGCCAAUAAAACAAACACUAGCCUUGUGUCUCAUAUGUGGACGGAAUGACCAUCAAAUACAACAAAUUUACUUCAUUAUAAUGCUAUAUUUGUAUGAAUUGUUGAUGUUAUACUUUUUUUUUUUACUUCAUGAUUAGCGUUUGCUACGUUGUGAGUUCUUUACUACCUUCAUUUCUACAUUUGGCUCUUCAGCCUCUUUUCACAAAUACUGUAUGUGGCGGAAUAGCACAUCCAACAACGUGGUCGACAAAGCCACGGGUGCCGGCACGAUACAAAAUCAUUUCACCACAAAUCAUUCUUGGAGCCGAUAACGUCACAGACAACUUUCAAUUGUAUUAUCUGCAUCCUCUGUAUGUGUGUUUUGUUUUUUUUUGUUUUGUUUCUUUUGUUUUGUUUUUCAGAUUAGACAAAGAAUUUUUGAAUGCCAGAAGCUGGUGAUUUUGAGGCUGGCACAACAACUCAAAGCAUUCCCCACGAAUCAUUCUUAGAGCUGACAAUAGCAAACGCUCGAAGUAUCUGUGAAGUAAAAGUAAAUGUCUUUUCAUUUUGACACACCACAGAGAAGUGUUAUUACCAACCCUGCCAAAGUUGAAUGAUUAUAAAAAUCACCAAGAAUACAACUAACGGAUAACCACUGAUGCGAACAAAGGCGCUCAAGUUCUUAUGGAGCGGGAGAGAGGACACUCAUGCCGGACGCUAAAGUCGGUGCUGUUUCAGCAAGACCAAAAAAUCUGGAAAACUGAAAUGGUGGAAAAGCAUUUUCACCCUCCAUUUCCACAAUUCAGUACUACUUGGUUCUCAAUCUUUGCAGGUUUUCACCAAAUAUUUUCAAACGUUUACAAAGUAUCUAGAAAUAAAUGUCAGAAUUCACUUUACAGUC